AUGGAAUCAGAAUCUCUGGCUUUACUCGAAUCUGGUUCUCUGAUUCAACGUUUCGUUUCUCGUAGUGAUACUUUGAAGUUACGGCCAUGGAAUUGUGAUUGGACAUUGAGAUUUGAUUCUGUUCUUUUGCGGAUCAAAGAUCCUCCUUUUAUUGCUUGGUUUCGCCAUUCUCUCUGUUUCAAUCGACGUAACAAAGCUUAUGAAGUUCGUCCCCGCCUGCAAUUGUUAGUGAGGAAGGGGAUGGAGAUUUCAGCACUUUUAACAUCUGCUGGAAUCAAUAUUUCGAUUUGCAUUGUGCUUCUGUCACUUUACUCCAUACUUAGGAAACAACCAGCAAACUACUGUGUGUAUUUCGGGCGGAGGCUUGUUUGUGGAGGAGCCAGACGUUAUGAUCCUUUUUGGUAUGAGAGGUUUGUGCCGUCUCCGAGUUGGCUUGUGAAAGCAUGGGAAACUAGUGAAGAUGAGUUGUUAGCUGCUGCUGGUCUUGAUGCUGUUGUCUUCCUCAGGAUGGUCAUUUUCAGUAUUCGUAUUUUCUUCAUCACUGCUGUUGUCUGCAUUGCCUUUGUGCUGCCUGUUAACUAUUAUGGGCAACCGAUGGUGCAUAAGGAAAUCCAUUUGGAGUCAUCCGAAGUGUUCACAAUCGAAAAUCUUAGAGAAGGAUCAAAAUGGCUGUGGGUUCAUUGUCUUGCACUGUACAUUAUAACAUCAGCAGCAUGUCUUCUUCUCUACUUUGAGUAUAGGACCAUAGCCAAAAUGAGGCUUGGACAUAUUACUGGAUCGGCCUCAAAGCCAAGUCAAUUCACCGUUCUUAUUCGUGCUAUUCCAUGGACUCCUGAGCAAUCUUACAGUGACACACUGAGCAAGUACUUCACAAAUUACUAUUCGUCAAGCUAUAUGUCCCACCAAAUGGUUUACCAUAGUGGUAUCAUUCAGAGACUGCUGCAAGAUGCAGAGAGGAUGUGCCUGAGUCUUAAACACAUGUCUCCUGAAAUCAAUUGUAGACCGAGUUUGACUCCAUGCACCUUUUGCGGAGGACCUACAGCCACAAACUCUUUUCAUAUACUCUCUAACGAGGAAAGUGUGAAAGGAAUGGAGCUUGGCGAGUUGACUAUGACUACCACAGAGCAAGAACGUCCAUCUGCUUUUGUGUUUUUCAAGACACGCUACGACGCUCUUGUUGUCUCAGAGGUUCUACAAUCAUCAAAUCCAAUGCUAUGGGUAACAGACUUAGCUCCAGAGCCUCACGAUGUGUAUUGGAGGAAUCUCAACAUACCUUAUCGACAACUUUGGAUACGGAAAAUAGCAACUCUUGUUGGUGCUGUUGCCUUCAUGUUUGUGUUUCUUAUUCCGGUUACUUUCAUUCAAGGUCUGACUCAACUAGACCAGCUCUCUCACGCGUUUCCUUUUCUAAGUGCCAUCUUGCAGAAGAAGUUUAUAAGCCAGGUCAUCACAGGGUACUUACCCAGUGUGAUCUUGAUUCUCUUCUUCUACGCCGUCCCACCAUUGAUGAUGUAUUUUUCAGCCUUGGAGGGAUGUAUUUCACGGAGUAUAAGAAAGAAGAGCGCUUGCAUCAAAGUCCUGUAUUUCACAAUUUGGAACGUCUUCUUCGUGAAUAUCUUAUCAGGAUCCAUCAUCAGGCAAUUGAAUGUCUUCUCUAGUGUCAGAGACAUUCCUGCACAACUUGCAAGAGCUGUUCCAACACAGGCUGGUUUAUUCAUGACCUAUUGUUUCACAUCUGGUUGGGCAAGUUUAGCUUGUGAAAUAAUGCAACCCACGGCUCUUAUAUGGAACCUGGCAGCAAAAGUCAUCACACAGUACAAGGACGACUCAUAUGAAACCCUUAGGUUCCCAUACCAUACAGAAGUUCCUCGGCUGCUUCUCUUUGGACUCCUUGGUUUCACCAACUCAGUCAUAGCGCCACUCAUACUGCCUUUCCUGCUGAUAUACUUCUUCCUCGCAUAUCUAAUAUACAAAAAUCAGAUACUCAACGUGUAUAUCACAAAGUACGAAAGCGGAGGACAAUACUGGCCUAUCUUCCACAACACGACGAUCUUUUCACUGAUCUUGACACAGAUCAUAGCGUUAGGUUUCUUCGGGAUAAAGCUAUCAACAGUUGCUUCCGGUUUCACCAUACCGUUAAUCCUUCUCACUCUGCUUUUCAGUGAGUAUUGUCGACAGAGAUUUGCGCCAAUUUUCCAAAAACAUCCCGCUCAGGUUCUUAUAGAUAUGGACAGAGCUGAUGAAAUGUCAGGGAAGAUGGAAGAGUUACAUAAGAAACUGCAUAAUGUAUACUCUCAGAUUCCAUUACACCCGACUCAGAAAUCAUCCAACAACAACAACGGUGAGAGCAGUGCUCCUUUCAAGAACCAGGAGUUGCCAGAUCCUGAGAAAUUGAAGCCAGAGGAAGGAGAUGCGAUAGCUAAAGAGUUAUGGGGAUUUAAUGGCAGUGAGAAUGGUCAAGAGCUUGACGCUAAGUCGUGUCCAACUGCUUCUUCACCGGAGCAUCUUACGCCAAAGAUGAUCGAACUUCACAAACGGAACUAG